AGAUUACAUCAGUGGUUCACAUUUCCUCCAACCCAUAUACUGAGUGUUAGUCCAUUACAUUUUUUAUUGAAGUGGAAAUAAAGCCUCCGAGCAGACUCCGAAUUGUAAAGACAGUUGUUUAACUGGGGAUAAGUGUUUUAAAUACCCUCCCCAUGACGCCAAUUCAGCCAAUAGCGGUCCCCUGAGGGAGGGGGCUGCUGGGCCCCCACCGGCAGAGAGAGAGAGAGAGAGAGAGAGAGAGAGGCUCCUCCGCUACAGCCCCUGCCAGGUUUGAGGUAAGCUACUCCCCCUACCAGAUGACUGUCAGUGCGCAUUUCCUAUUGGAAAGAGGGAGUGAGAGGUACAGAGUGGAGACCGGCAGAGGAGAGAGUGAGAGAAAGGGGGUGAGUCCACACACUCUGAGAGGGGGAGAGUAGUAGAGAGAGAAGAGCAGCAGCAGCAGCAGCAGCAGCAGAGGAGUCAGAGACGGGCAACUUCACCAGGGUCCAUCACUGCGCAUCGCCCAACAGGAGAGAGAGAGAGAGAGAGAGAGAGAGACCGCUGUCGGACGCAGCAUGAUCCCAUUGUGUGGAAAUUAGACUGUGGAUGAAACGCACCGUCCACUGAUGGACUGCCACAGAGCGUGACAGAGAAGGGACAGCGGACAGAGCAGAGCCGGUGCAGCGGGGAAAGUUACCAACUAUGGAGAAGCUGUGUUGACUCAGAGUUCACCGUACGGAGCGGUCACAGCCACAACCUCAGAAGUGGAUGUUAUUAUAGACGAAACCCUGUGCACUUGCCGUUUGGCUGAUACUCCAGUGCCGCGGACCAUAACCUGACCAGCAGCCCAGUGACGGAGGGGCAGCAUUCUACCCAAACGAUGUCCGGAGCAACUACGAUGCCGGCCCUAUACCUCAUCUUCUGCCUUAUGGCCACAGCAGCCACUCAAGCAGCCUACUUCUCUCAGCAGCCACAGGACCAGGUGGUUGUUUCCGGGCAGUCAGUGACUCUACCAUGUGUCAUUGUGGGUUACCGGGGAAUGGUACAGUGGACCAAAGAUGGCCUGGCACUGGGCGGAGAGAGAGACCUUCCAGGCUGGACGCGUUACUCCUUAAUGGGCGACCCGCUAUCAGGCGAGCACAGCUUGCUGAUCGAUUCGGCAGAGUUGGCGGAUGAUGCUGUGUAUGAGUGUCAGGCUACACAGGCAGGACUGCGCUCCCACCGUGCCAAGCUCACUGUACUAGUUCCUCCUUCAGACCCUGUGGUGGAGGGCGGCCCUGUUGUUCGUCUGAAAGCCUACACGCCUCACAACCUCACCUGCAGAGCCUCCGGAGCCAAACCUGCUGCGGAGAUCACCUGGUACAGAGAUGGAGAGGUCAUGGAGACUGCAAUUUAUUCCAAGGCUUUGAUGGAAGAUGGGAAGAGGGAGACAGCUGUCAGCAUGCUUCCAAUCGUUCCGGAGGACAGUGACUCUGGACGUACCUACACCUGCAGGGUCCUUAACCCAGCAGCCCCUGCUGGACGACAGACGUCCAUCACUAUCAACGUCCAGCACCCCCCCUCGGUGACGCUGUCAGUGCAGCCUCAGACUGUAACCGAAGGAGCAAAGGUUCUCUUCAUCUGCUCUGCUUCGGCCAAUCCUGAAAUUACAGGAUACAGGUGGUCAAAAGGAGGAGUCCCCAUCCCUGAAGCAAACGGGGACAGCCUCGAGGCCACGGUGGACUACUCCUAUUUUACGGACCCCGUCUCCUGCGAGGUGUCCAAUUCUGUAGGAAGCACCAACGUCAGCACUCUGGUCGACGUUCAAUUUGGCCCCAGACUGCUGUCAGAGCCAAAGCCAAUGACAGUGGAUAUAGGGAUGGAUGCAGCUUUUACUUGUGCGUGGACCGGAAACCCUCCUCUGACCUUGGCGUGGACCAAGCAGGGCUCCAGUGUGGUGCUCAGCAACGGUAACACCCUGCACCUGAAGGCUGUUACCCAGGAAGACGCUGGAACAUACACCUGCAAGGCCAUCGUGCCUCGCAUCGGAGUUGCAGAAAGAGACGUCACCCUGACAGUUAAUGGUCCACCCAUCAUCACUGCAGAUGCCAUGCAGCAUGCUGUGAAGCACUCCGAGGGCAAGUUAGAGUGCCGAGUGGGGAGCAGCCCUCCACCUGACAAGAUUGUCUGGACCUUUGGAGACAUGAGCCUGUCCUCUGGUUCUUCCGGGCGUUACUCGGUGCAGACAGUCGGCAGUGACCAUGGUGUCCUGUCCUCUCUGGUGUUCUCCGAGACUCUGGCACAGGAUUUUGAGAUGCGGUACAACUGCACCGCCUGGAAUCGCUUUGGUACUGGCACCGUCCUGGUCACACUGAAGGAGCAAGAAGCUCUGCCUAUGCUGAUUAUAGUUGGUGGAGCAGUGGGUGGAGGCUGUGUCCUGCUCAUCUGUGUCAUCACGUUGGUUUCCCUCUGCUGCAGGCACACAGGCAAAGGUGAGCUCAACGGUAAACGGUGCACUCGUCUCUCUAAAAGUGACAUCAGAGUUCAGAUCGUUCACAGCGACCACAAUGCUACGCGUGGCAACGAUGACGAGGAGGACGUCAAAGAGCCAAUGGCUCCAAACAGCAGUGAGUCUCCGGGGACAUCGCGCACAGAACACAGUGACCUCCUGGAAGAGGAGGACGACGAACGAUCGGACAUCAAGGACCCCACUAACGGAUACUACAAUGUCCGUGGCCAUGAAGACCGCCACGUCCGCAACGCUGGCUUCUCUGAGUAUGUGCCCAACUCACGACCCGUUUACACUCCGUCGCAGCUGCCCUCGCCGAGCCCAAUUUACGGCCAGCACGGUACUCAGCCCCGAGUUUAUGACUUUUCCCACCGAUACGCCACUACCACAGCAGGCAGAACCGCGUACGAACAACAGCAGGCUGCCCAACAGCAGCAGGCCGCCCAGCCAGCCACCAUUUACCCCACUGACCCCCACUACAGCGGCUCCGCCUACUUACCUGCUACCUACGGCCGUGCCUUCACCAGCUACGUCAAGCCUGCUUCCUUCGAGAAGGUAGAUUCGUACGACCAAUCAGAUCAGGCCAGCAAGGUGUCCAGCUCGUCCCGCUUCUCUUACGCCUCGUCACAAGUGUCCUCCCAGCAGUCCGACUACGGUCGGCCCUCACAGCGUAUGCAGACUCAUGUCUGAAAAGACACCCCCAAAAAAAGUCAAGCGAACACGAGAACUGGAGCAGAGAGAAGAACUGUUGUCACCUCCACAUACGGGAGGUCACACUAAUACGAACUGAUACAUUCUUAACACGGACAGUCCUUGAGGGACAUGUUUGGACAGUGAGUCAUGGGAUUUGGGUUUUGGGAUAAUCUACCUGUUGUGACCCAAUAGGAGGGUCUACACUACUAAUGCUAACUGUUCAACAGCUGGUGAUUGGACAGACUGUGGCGUCUGCCCAAAGCAGUGGACAGAUUGUUCCCAACCAGAAAAUAAACCAAGUGCAUCUCUGGAAUUUGUGCGGCGGACAGCGACAGGAGAUAUGACGGUCUAAGACGUAUUCGACAAGAAACAUUCUGAAAAAACAUUCUUUUCAUCCUUUUUUUAUAUUCCGUUGGCAUGCGAAAGGAAUUCUAAGCACAUUUGAGUCUCUAUUGUCAACAUGAGCCUGAGCUGUACACAGAGACAAACGUCAACUACUCUGCACAACCGUCCAGCUCUACUGACCAAUGGCACUGAACGGAGGAGGCAUCAGUUAACGUUAAACACCUUUGGCCUGAGGUGUGAAAACCCCAUGACCUGUUGGAUGGUCUGACAGCAUCCAUGAAAGAAGGAGAUUUGAUAAGAAUGUGUAUUUCGGCCUUUAAUCGUAUGAAGGACUGUGUGCUGUGACCAGCAGUGACAGAGAGAGGCCAUGAAAACCCAAAGAUGGUGAAAACUGUGUCGGGAAAAAACAGGUGCUGAGGCGGUUGGUACCGCUGUCCGACCUGGACAUUUGUUUUUCCGCUGUAUUUCCCGAUUGUAAAAUGAAGAGUCGGCUCUCACCUGAACAAUCAAAGGGGUCGUUUGGAAAAUCGGUGGCAAUCUAGACCUUGAAAUAAACUUGAAAAAUGAAUGCAGCGUCCUCAGCAGGCUCAGGUGGUGUGUGAGGCCGUCCCAGUGUGGACCGUACACUCGUCAAGUUUUACAACUCAAUCAAAAAUUGUCUCAACAUGUUUACAAAAAACAGUACUACCCUGAAAACACCGAGUAUCUGUACAAAUGGCCCAGCUCAUACUUUCUCUGUGUUGCAUGCAAAUGAUGUGUCUAGUGAAACUCUUCAGCAUUUGUACUCAUGUCCAUUUCAUGUGUGGCACAUUGACCUGUGACCCCGGCCCGGGUGCUUUCCUCCUCCUGGAUGUUUCAUUGUGAAUGCCUGUACUGCCAUUUGUCUACGAAGCUGCUAGCAGGCAGCCGGACGAGAGCGCUAACGUCACUCAAAGUGAAGAGGCAAACAUCAACGCUUGUCUUUAUUUUUCUAUUUUAUAUAAGCCUUAAUGUACAGCGUGUACGCUGCUCUCUUGUGAAGUAUCUUUGUAUUCAUGUGUCUCAACCUCGGUUGAUUUUAAAUUUUUUUUUUUUUGGGGGGGGGUCCACAUCUGAGCUGUUCUUCAAUCACUGAAUGCCGUUUCUUUGAACACGACUAAUUGCCAUUUGUUUGUUGAUUUCUUUUAAUAAUGUAUUAAGAAUUUUAUUUGCUAAAACAAAAUGAGCUGUUGUUGCUUGUACCUUUGUACACAUAUUUAUAUUUAAAUAAAACCAUUUCUGAUAAA